AUGUCAAAUCCAAUCACCAAGCGCAAGCGCGCAAGAAAAGCAUGCAUUCCAUGUCAUCAGCGCAAGCGAAAAUGCGAUACCGUGUAUCCUUGUGGCAUGUGCACCACUUAUGGAUACAGCUGCAGAUAUUGUGAAGAUGAUAUCACUGAUACCACAGGCGACGGCGUAUUUGUUCCGCCCUUAGCCAAGCGCGUCAGCCUCGACUGUGAAAGUCGUCUGACAAAUCGGGCCCCUACAGCAAGCAGUCCAGACAGUCGGUCUCGCAUAGAGCGGAGCUCUCGUGAAGCGGAUCGCUCGUCGACAAAAGGCUCCACAUCCGUGGCCGGCGCCUCCCCGGGCAUCUUUGACGAACAAAAGUUCAGACACUCUGGGGCAUCAGCGGCCAUGGCAUUCCCACACAUCCUGGCAUCCAACGCUCACUGUUUUCUGGGUACUCUCAUCUUGGAGGAAGAACUUGGCUUCUACUCAGAAGUGUACUUUUCAGCUUUGGGCCCUGUUGGUGAUUUGAUGGACUCAAGAAUCUACGCCCAACGCUGCCGGGAUUAUUAUCAUAGUUCUGGUAGCAACGCGGUGGCCUUCGCUGCGGUGGCCGCUGGCGUGGCCGCUCUCGGGUCAUUCCUAUCCGCUAAACGACACUCGCGGGAGUCUGACCUGGUACAGUACGCCAAAGCUAUUCUCGAUGAUCCGGCAUCUAUGCGGCUGCAUGGCAUCGACCAUAUUGUCGCAUGGGGCUUGCGAGUGUUUUAUCUACGGGCCACAACCCGCCCCAGCAAUGCCUGGAUCGCCUCAUGCACUCAAAUGCACCUAUGUGAAGGGUUAGGGCUGCAUAAGGAAGAGAACAUUCAGAAGAUGGCGUUGAUUGCCGGGGCUGCGGUUCUUGGGCAUGAUACGGAUCGACUGAGGAGAAUAUUUUGGAUCUCAUGGGCUGGGCAUAACAUGCUGUCCUAUGAGUACGAUCGCUCGCCUGUGCACUUUUCGGCCGUGACAUGUCGGUCUAUUAUUCCGGUAUCGGGGUCCGUUGCCGACCAAUUCGUUCAAUUAAUUCAGAUUAUUCCAUCACCCAACUCACCUUUCCAGCUCGAAUCGCAGCCCCCUACUCCUAGUGAGGAGCUAUUGGAGCGUCUCCAAGUACUGGGUGGGAUUCAAAUCACGCAUCCGUUUCUAUUGGUGACCAAGGCGGACAUCGUGUUCUGCUUCUAUCGCCGCCUUUACCAGCUCAAGAUCUCCAUAGCAGACGAGGUCAUUAAGCUCGUCAUUGAUAGCGGCAAUGCCGCAGUGGAGGCAGCCGAGCAGCAAGCUAACCAGGGUCGUCUUUUCUGGAAUGUCAUUGGCAGCGUUUUCCAGUAUGCCUGUAUCCUGUUGGCCAUUGACACGCCAGAUGCCUCUGCUCAUAUUGCCACUGCCUUUAAGGGCUUGGAGAACCUUGUAAAGGCUGCUGAUACAGGGCUGACGCGAGAGGCGUUGUCGAUGGCACAGUAUCUACUUAGUCUUAAGGUGACAAAGAAGCGAAAGGAACUUGCUCAAUUAGAAGCUGUUGAGGCGAACUAUUUAUUAUUUUCGGCGCAGGCAGAAUCCGAAACCAACACUGUUGAUUCGGAUAUGGACUGGAUGGCAGACUGGGACCAGUUUUUUAUCGAGCCAUAUCUAUCGAUGCUCGGUCCUGACACUCAGUUGUAG